AUGACCCUUCUAAAUCGUCGCAAGCAGUGGGGAGACACUCCUGACUUCGGGCAUCUUCGGGUAAACCCAGCUCCGUUCGGCUCAGCAUUGCUCCGAGCAAUUAUUAAGGUUGACACGACUGGACUACUAUUGCUUAUUCUGUGUCGCAGGUUCUACCCCGCUGACGCAGAGACGCUGCUAGCCUCAUUCCGCUAUUUCGACGAGGAAGGCCGCGGGUACCUCACCAAGGAGAGGUUCACCAAGCUCAUGCUGGAGGAGGGCGAGUGUUUUACUCCGGAGGAGUUUGAAGAAAUGAUGCAGAUAGCCCUUGAUCCAGUCACGGACACCAUCACCUACGAAUAUUACAUCAACCAGCUCAUGGUGGCCCCAAAAACUGCGUAUGAUAUAGCCGACGCCCACACGGCAGAGCUAAAGAGAUUGGAAGACGCUGCACCUAAGAAGAGACGAGCCUCUGAUCUACUUCGGGGAACUGGGGCUUGAAAUGCGUGGUCGAAGAGGAGAUUCCUGACACAACAGAAAAACCAAAAUAAUUCAUGAAUACUCAAUGUAAACAACAAUACUCAAGAAAUAAAAUUACAGCGUAAUCA